UGCUGGAUUGAUUUGACCCUAGAGGAGUGCCUAUCUGAUCAUCUAAUCGAAAAGGGCCUAAGAAGCCAGGAAGGCUCAAGCACCUCCCUCCCAAUCCCCUUCCGCUCGGAAAUCGCCUUUCAGCACGAUUAGUGCUGUGACCAGAUUCUCUGUAGCUGCUCGCGGAGAACUGUCAAAAUUACCAGUCUCGAGGAUCUUGAUUUUGAGGAGGACGACAGCAUGGGUGCAGGAGCAAGCGCUGAAGAUAAAAAGUCCAAGGAGUUGGAAAAACAACUCCAGGAAGAUGCUGAUAAGGAUUCUAAAACAGUCAAGCUAUUACUGCUUGGUGCUGGUGAGUCAGGGAAAAGCACCAUUGUAAAACAAAUGAAGAUUCUGCAUCAAGGUGGUUAUACAAAAGAGGAACAAAUGGAGUUCAGAGCAAUCAUCUAUGGCAACAUCUUGCAGUCUGCGCUGGCUAUCAUUAGAGGCAUGGAGAUGCUGGGCAUUGACUUUGGAGCACCCUCUGCACAGGAGGAUGCACAGAAGCUGCAGAACUUGUCAGACUCCAUCGAGGAAGGCACAAUGCCUCCUGAGCUGGCUGAUGUCAUCAAGAAGCUGUGGAAAGACUCUGGUGUGCAGGCCUCCUUUGAGAGAGCUGCUGAGUACCAACUCAACGACUCUGCUGGCUACUACCUCGCUGAAAUGGACAGAAUCUGCAAGCCUGACUAUCUCCCCACUGAGCAGGACGUGCUGCGAUCUCGAGUCAAGACAACUGGUAUCAUUGAAGAACAGUUCUCCUGCAAAGAGUUGCACUUCAGGAUGUUUGAUGUGGGUGGCCAGAGGUCAGAGAGGAAGAAGUGGAUCCAUUGUUUCGAGGGUGUGACUUGCAUCAUCUUUUGCGGAGCACUCAGCGCAUAUGACAUGGUGCUUGUAGAGGACGAUGAAGUGAACCGCAUGCACGAGUCCCUCCAUCUAUUCAACAGUAUCUGCAACCAUAGAUUCUUUGCAACAACCUCCAUUGUGCUUUUCCUCAACAAGAAGGAUCUCUUUCUAGAGAAGAUCAAGAAAGUCCAUCUGAGUAUCUGCUUCCCAGACUAUGACGGUCCUAACACAUACGAGGAUGCCAGCAACUACAUCAAGACGCAGUUCGAGGACCUGAACAUGAAGAAGGGUGUGAAAGAAAUCUACUCCCACAUGACCUGUGCCACAGACACAAAGAACGUCGAGAUUGUGUUCAACGCUGUGACAGACAUCAUCAUCAAAGAAAACCUUAAAGACUGCGGUCUUUUCUAAGCAGCUCCAGAGCGAAAAAAGAGGUUCCUCUCCUACCUUAACCCUUCACCUGACAUAUUGGCAUUAACUGAGGAGUGUACAGAUAGAGCACAGCGGAUCCUUAGUUUUUCCAGUUGCUGUGUUAAUGUCAUCACUUCCCGUCCCCGUCCUUGACUGAUCCUAGCACAUCACUGUCAUGACAGUACGACCCUGCAGCACAGUGCACAUCCAGCUGGGCUGAAACAACUAUCAAGUCACCAUGUCCUUGUGGAUACGCGGCUUUCUGCAAGAAAAAGUUGAGAUCGGUGCUCACUUGACCAUCACUGCUUCCUAAGAUGUGACUUUUGACUACUGUAUUGUGGGUUAAAUUUACUAUUGAAACCAAACCCUAUCAAAUGAAUAAAAUAAAAUAACCAGGGGAAAUUAUUAAUGUAUUGAAUAGCAAAACUGCAACUUUGUUUUUUUUUUUUUUGUUUUAAGUUCAGUAGUCUCUGUGGUCUCGAUAUUUUAACUGUAAAAAGUUGCUGAGCAGGUAUCACAGAUAUUCCCAGUGCUUACAGUAUAUCCAGAUUACAAACCAAAUUGUACAUGUAUCUACUAAAUAUAGAGCUAAUGUAUUUCAAUUCAUUUACAUUUUAAUGUGAUGAUUAAAUUAAAGAGGGUCCAACAUGGUAGAGAAACUUUGUACAUAAGAGUAGAUUAAUAAUUAUAUUUUGAAAGACUCAAAUCUAUGAAAUAUAUGAAAGAGAGAGAGGGGGAAACUCUAGAGGGACAAUGUUUUAUUGUGAAAAGGGAUUGUAAAUGUAUUGAGUUUGUCCUUUCUUAUGAAAUGUAGAGGCAUGAAAUAAAGAUGCAUUAACUUCA